GCGUAGCCUUGAGUACUCCCGCCUCAUGAGGGCAAAGUUCGAUGAUUUUGGUAGGGGCCGUUCUCGAAGAAUCAUCGAGCUCAACGAAGAUGGCGAAGAGAUCAAUGUGGAAACGGACACCCAGCAGGCCAUCCAGCAGAGCAGCGACCAGGCCAACGGCCAGCAGAACACCCCGAUGACCACUGAGCAGACCACCGCGCCUAUCGAUUCCGCCGAGUCUACCGAGCGUACCAUAUCUUCCCCUCCGGUCAACAACCGUGGCCGUGGCCGUGGUAGCACCCGUGGCAGCACUCGUGCCAACAGCAACACUCGUGGUAACUCUCGUGGCCGUCGUGGUCGUUCUCAUGGCCUCAGUACCCAGAUUUCGGCUACUCGCAGUCGUGCCCAGGCUACCCGUGCUUGUCUCAGCCGUGGUCAGCUUUCUCGCUAAGUGCCGCGCCUCAAUCGGCAGAUCAAGAUAGCAUUCAGAGAAAUCAUUCAACCAACUACAAAGGAAACAUGAUAUUCAUUGCUCUUAUCACGGUCUCUAGUCGAUUACUCGCGCUUUAUGCCUUCUAGCAUCUCACCUUUCCAAUUUCGAAAGGAAAUGGCCAUCAGCCGGUGUUCUCUUAUGGACAGGCUCGACAUUCUCUGGAUGAAAUUUUGGGGGACAUUUUUUCUCGACACGAUGGAUCAAAAGGAAAGAAAAUGCACAAAAAAACUGGAAAAUUGGAAAACCAUUUUAAAAAUAGGAUACGGCGAUCUAG